AUGGCUACCGAUCCACGUCGACAAGCGCUGGAUUUGCUGUCAGGUUAUUCUACCCCGUCAAACCUACUUCCCGAAGGCUACAGAGAAAGCUUCGACAAGAGCUGGUAUCAGGAAUACGUUCAGUAUCGAGAAAGUGUCAAGCCAAAGCUCGGCACUAACGGGCCCUCAUGCGACUGGGCUUCUGAUACGUACACAGCAGGAAGAAGGUCCUCUCUCCAACUAGACGACAUCGCACACGAAACUUCAGCAAAUCCUACAAAUUGUGGUGGGAGUCUCGAAGAGACCGCGAAUGCCUUGAUCUGUAUCGGUGCUGGUGUCAAGUCCCAAGAUUUGGCCGGGACACAGAAUCAAUACGAACAGGAACAAUACGAGAAGAAACAACACGACGAGGAACAAUACAAACAGAGUCGACGGGAUGAAGACAUACAACGUCGCUUUGCAGAAGCACUCAGGCGACAACCCGCGGCAAAGGGAAAAGCACGCCGGCGGGGCCUCCCACUACUUCUUGAAUCCCACGGUGAUAUGACAGAGAUCAUGACCUGUUACGACACCGGGACUCACGAAAACCACAUGUCUCGUGCCAAAGCAAUUGAGCUGGGGUACAACAUCGAUCCGAGCCCCGAUAUUGCAGCGGCCUUUCAGCUCCCGAAUGGCAAGAUUAUCAAGGCCGUGGGUCACGUCGUUGUGGCAGUUCAGUUCGCUAGACGAGAAGGGCCUAAAGCAUCUUCUAUGACCUGUCAUUUCAACGUGUUCGACCGCUUGGCUCUACCAGUGCUCAUCGGCAUGACCUUCCUUCAGGCCACAGAGACCAUCACCAGAUACACAUCACGCAUGGUGGAUCUUCCAACGACGUGGAAGCGCUCUCUUCGAUUAUGCGCAGUGGGAAACGCGACCAACCAAGUUGCAUGCACUAUCGACGGGCGAGCAGUGUCUGCAGCUGCAGACACCGGGUCAGAAAUUGCCUUGGUCAGUGGCGAGUAUGCCAUGAAACACGGACUUUUGCGAGACUACAGUUGCGAAGAGCUCGAGUUGGCUGACGGAUCUCUUGAGUAUACAAGCGGUCAUGCAGACGUGACAGUCCGCGUCCUGACAAAAGAGGACGUAUACUGCGGGAACCCUUGGAAGACUAAGAAAGUCCGCUUUCAUGUUCUGAAGAAUCUUCAAUUCGACGUAAUUUUGGACGAAGAGACCAUCGAUGACCUAAGCAUCUUCGAGAAUGGAGUUGCCAAAAUCGUGGCUGCUGCAUCCAGUAUUGUACCCAGCAUAUCUACCAUCAUUCACCUUGGGUCGGUUGAGGCCUCUCUUACGCAGGCAAGCGACACGCUGGGUGAGAAAACAAAAGCGCUAUGUACCUCAGUUCAGUCAAAGUUCAACUCGAUCUUCUCCAAGCCAAAUUUUUCGCCUGCCCCGACCACUCCAGAGAACCGUCGGUUUGAUCAAAUCGACAAGAGAGGCCAUCCUUCCGCCGGUGAUGCUGCACAGAAACGGGAAUACGAUACCAAAAUUGAGCAGCUUUCGAGAGAAAUACGAAACCUGAAGGCCUCACAAGGUCCCUAA